AACACGACCUUUUUGCCUAGAAAAACUAGAUGGUUGAAGGUGUUUUGUGUAGUUCUGCGAGCAGAAGUGCUGUUGUGGCCAGUGGCAGGCCAUGCGGAGUCCUCCAGGGAGAUCCGCAGGUGGCCCCGCUGUUGUCCGUGCGGCUCCAGGAUCUGCUUCCCAAGGGCCAGAGGCAACGGCGGAAGUAUCUCUUGGAGUCGGAGGAGGAAUCGGAGGAGACGCGAGAACAGUUUGCGAAGGCUGUGGCCUUCUGGACAAGCAGCCGCUUGACGAAACAGAAUCAAGUAGCAGCGUCGGCGCUGGAAAGUGAGCCGCCUGAAUACUUCAUCUCUCAUGUUUGGCAGCCACCGGACCAGGUCAACUUGCUGAAGCACUGGGCCAUCCGCUGCAAGGCCCUGAUGCCCGACGGCGAUGGAAGGGCGUUGAAGACUCCUUGGUUUCUCUUGGAGAACGACGAGGAGCAACAGAUGGCCAUGACGGAUCCAAUGAAUUCCUGGCGCACCAUGCGUUGCUGGGUGGACAAGGCCUGUGCUCAUCGAGGCUUCGGCCUUGCCGGGGCCCCACCGCAGGAGGCUCUUCGUGCCACCAAGGUGGCCCUGUGCAACUGCGACGAGCUGGUGGCCUUGAUCAGUCAUCCUGGUUACUUCCAUCGCCUCUGGUGUUGCAUCGAGUGGGCCUUCUUCCUGUCGCGCGCGGCGCCGAAGUACCGGAGCCUGGAGAUCCUGAUGCCGGAUGCGUUGCAUCAGCCGGGUGCUUGGGCGGAGCUGGUCCAUACUGCGGCCUCCUUUCGCGUGGAGGAUUUGAGGUGCACCGGGGAUGCCUUCGAACACGAGUUGCGUCGAGAGUUGGAGCUGUUGGCGGUGGACCUGGAGGGAUUCGAAGGCUUCAUGCGAGCCACCUCCCUGGCCCUGCUGACGCUCCAUGCGCUACUGCAACAGGGUGAAGGUUGCGCUUGCUUUGGCUCCGCGGCCUUUGUGGAGGCCGCGGUGGAGGCUUGCGAAGCCUGCGGCCUGCGAGGGCUGGGGAAGGUCUUGGCCACCGCGCAGCCCAUGCUUUGGUGGCGCAGCGCGUACCGACAGGUGCGACGGCAGUAUGACGAGCGGCAUCACAGCGGUGCCACUGAGAUUGGAGAAAUUCCUGGUGCAGGCGGCAACGAAGGUACCUUGAGCGACGACCCCCUAGAGAUGUUGGUAAGGUACGUGAAUAAGAAGUGGUUCCGUGAAGAGACCACAGAGGUGGAACCGGUGGACGUCGCCACGGCACGGCUUGCACCCGAGGAGGGCGAAGAAGAGGAGCUGCUCGAGGACGAUGCCGUCGUGGAGCCCAGCGAGGACCGCCCCGCGGACGCGGCGACGGCCUCGAUGCCGCUGACGCUGACGUCCUCGCUGCCGCUGACGCUGGCGUCGCUCUCGGAGACAGCGGAGCUGUUGCUGAAACAAGGUAUCACAGAGCUCCCCGAGGCAGAAGCUCAAGAGGAGGAGGAGGCAGCCGCGCAGUGUUCUCCCCGGGAGGCAGCCUCCUAUGCCCUCCGGGCCUGUGAGGCCUCCAAGGAGAAAACCCUGAGAGCCCAAAAGCUGGAAGAGGGCUUCAUGGAAGACAUGGCGGGGGUGGUCCAGGUCCCUUUUGGAAACACUUCGCCACUUGUUAUGGACAACGCUGCGAAGGCCACCUUCACGGUGAACUUCAAGCGGAAGGUGAAGGUGGAUACCCACAUUGGGGUCGAAGAUGCAGACGCCGACGUGGCCGACGUGGCCGACGUUGCCAAGACAAGCAGCGCCAACGCCGGCGUUGCCGAGACAGGUCUCCAGCAGCAGGUGAUGCAUAUGGACCUCGUGAUGUGGUUUUCCAGUGAUGUGAAGGUGCAGAAGAAGGACGGUUCUGUGUUGGCCAACAGUUCUGGCUCCGAGAAUUUUCGGAAUUUUGGCGAUGAGAAGCAGCGUUUUUUGAGCCUCCGAACCAUAGGACCCCGGGAUGAGCUGCGGGGUGAAGUGGUCGACUGCUUGGAAGAAGAUCUUGCCGCUUGGCGACGAAGCUUUCGCGGUUUCGCGGUGGCGAAAACGGCGCGCUCGGGUGCUGGGCUGCCGGACGGCUACUUCGACUUUUGGGACGCAGCAGGGGAACUCAGCGUGCAGGGCGAGAAAUUGGCGCCCGAAGCCAAGGUCAAGGCCCGGCUGUUCUUCCAGUCGCCCUUUGGCUGCGCUUCCUGGGACCCAACGAGUUGGGAGAUCGCCCGGGGAGAUCAUGGCUCCGCAGUUACCGCAGUUGCGAGGUGGGCCAUCUAUGAGCGCCGGGUCUGCAAGUGGCAGCUGGGACUGCAGUUCUGGUUCGACGCGUAUGUGGUCCCCUUCUUGGAGGUGUCCCGAAUCCGCCAGGAACUACUCCCCCCAAAGGAAACCAUUGCGAAGCCGGCAGCGCAGGUUUGGCGCCAGAGGGGUAUCAGGACAAAGGGAGUCAUCGAGGAGGCCUUUGCCGAAUCCUUCCUGCGGGCAGGGGAGCUUGGUCUCCAGGGAGCGGAGUUUUCGAAGCACAUCAUCGUUUUGGUCGGCGGCUCCAUCCACGACGACCUAAGCCAACAACUUUCUCAGAAGGAGUCCAGUGGCGGCGAAACAACGGAUCCGUUCAACUUGGGUUCGGCUUCGUGUAGCAAUGGUGAGUACCGACACGCGGAGAGCUGGGAGAAUCCAUGUUUGGAACGAUUGCUGGCCAUUCCUCGCAAGGAGGUCACCUUCGUAGAAGGAGCUGGCCAGGCGGGCGUUGCUGGCUUUUUCGGAGAGCGGUUGACCCAACAGAAGGGUUACGAACGCUUGGAUCCCCGCAACAUGGAUCCCACACCGGACCGCUCCAUGCUGCCAUGCAUCGUCUCGAGCUCGUUGCCCUUGCAGCUGGGACAGACCGUGGCUGUAGCGUGCCCUGCGCUGCGGGAUGAUGAUGAGACCAAACCGAUGCGCUUUCGAGGAGCGAAGCAAGAGUUCUACGAACAAACCAUGCGCAUCUUCAGCAAGAACGACAUGAACAAUCGCCAUCCAGGCUAUGCACCCGACUGUUCACAGCUGGCAGAUGUGCAAGUGGAUCACCAGCUGAGGAAGAAGAUCGAACUGAGCGAUCGCAACUUUUAUCGCGAUCCGUCCAGGGUCCAGCUGCAGCAAGAAGCCAGCUACGAGAACCGCAAGGUGCGCAUGGCGUCGCUGUCGCCGGAGUCGUCGCCCAAGAAUCGGAGCCGCCGAGGCUCGCGCACUUCCUUCGGCUCCGACUUGCGCCGGAACAGCAGCACAGGCCACAUCAUUGUGACCCAACCUGUUCAAGACAUAUCCUGA